AUGCCUCCCACCACUUCGGCGCUGAUGCGCCUCUCGCGCGCCGCCCAGCAGUCGACAGCCUCCUCUCCCAAUAUCCUCAAGGCACUGCCGUCAUGCCGACCACAGGUCGCUAGCCUUUCGCAAAGGCGUACCUUUGCUAACAUUCCGCAACGAUCACGAAACCGAAUCCCACUCACGAAUACCUUCUUCAGCGCUCAUGGUUUGCCCAAAGGCCCUCUCGUUCGUUCCGUCUCCAGCACGCCAUUGCCUAGGCCGAAAUCUCGGCUUCUUUACCUCGCGUAUCGUGGAGCCGCAUGGCUCGGCGGCGGUAUCAUUUUUGUCGGCUUAGGCAUUGUCGGAUUCUUCAUUUACGAUGCUUCUACCUACAAAGAGCACCCUGACCAAGCAGAGAUCCAAGUCUCCGCGCUGGCCCUGAACCCCAGGCGGGGCGGGCCAAAGGACCUCCCUAUCGCCGAAGUACUCAUCGACGACUUGGACACCGAAGAAAUGAAGAAAGUAAAGGACAAACCGAAGCUGGUCAUUUUGGGCGGCGGUUGGGGUGGCGUUGCGCUGCUCAAGGAGCUUAACCCGGACGACUACCAUGUCACUGUUAUCUCGCCAACAAACUACUUCCUGUUCACGCCUAUGUUACCGUCUGCCACCGUUGGAACUCUGGAAUUGAGAUCUCUGGUCGAACCUGUUCGCCGAAUUCUCUCUCGCGUCAAUGGCCACUUCAUCCGCGCCAGGGCAGAGGAUGUCGAGUUUUCUCACAAACUGAUCGAGUGCUCCGAAACCGAUGCUUCUGGGAACGUCACCCGUUUCUAUGUCCCCUACGAUAAGCUGGUCAUUGCCGUUGGAUCCACCACGAACCCCCAUGGUGUCAAGGGACUUGAGAACGCUCACUUCCUGAAAGAUAUUGCCGAUGCACGCAGGGUUCGGAAUCAGGUCAUGCACAACCUCGAGCAAGCCUGCUUGCCUACCACCUGUGACACUGAGCGGAAGCGCUUGCUUUCCUUUGUUGUCAGUGGCGGCGGGCCCACUGGCGUUGAAUUCGCUGCUGAGCUUUUCGAUAUGCUGAAUGAGGACCUGACGAACCAUUUCCCCAAGCUCCUUCGUAACGAAAUUUCUGUCCAUAUCAUUCAGAGCCGCAGUCACAUCCUCAACACCUACGAUGAGACCGUUUCUAAGUAUGCUGAAGAGCACUUCGCCCGCGACCAGAUCGACGUUCUUACCAACUCCCGCGUCAAGGAAGUCCAGCCCGACAAGAUUGUCUUCACUCAGAAGCAAGCCGAUGGUUCGCUUCUCACCAAAGAGCUCCCCAUGGGAUUCUGUCUCUGGUCUACUGGUGUCUCCCAGACUGAUCUUUGCAAGCGGCUUUCCGCUAAGCUUGGCCCCUCGCAGACGAACCGCCAUGCCCUUGAAACUGAUACCCAUCUCCGCCUGAAUGGUACGCCUCUAGGCGAUGUAUACGCCAUUGGCGACUGCUCGACCGUCCAGAACAACGUUGCUGAUCACAUUAUCACUUUCCUUCGUGGUGUCGCCUACAAGCGUGGCAAGGAUCCCGAGAACUUGGAGCUGCACUUUAGCGACUGGCGUGACGUCGCCAAUGACGUGCGAAAGCGCUUCCCCCAGGCUGUUAACCAUCUCAAGCGCCUCGACAAGCUGUUUGAACAGUUCGACAAGGACCAGUCUGGUACUCUCGAUUUCGGCGAGCUUAGAGAGCUCCUGAAGCAGAUCGACUCGAAGCUUACUUCGCUGCCGGCGACCGCCCAGCGCGCUCACCAGCAGGGCCAAUACCUGGCUCACAAGUUCAACAAGAUGGCACGCACCUCGGACGGCCUCAAGGCAAACCAGGUAUUGGACGGUGAUAUUGAUUCCGUGGUAUAUAAGGCUUUCGAGUACCACCAUCUGGGAAGCCUGGCUUAUAUUGGCAACUCGGCUGUAUUCGACUGGGGCCAGGGUUGGAGCUUCUCUGGUGGCUUGUGGGCGGUGUAUAUGUGGCGGUCUGUCUACUUCGCGCAGAGUGUCAGCUUGCGGACGCGUAUUUUGCUUGCCAUGGACUGGGCCAAGCGUGGUCUGUUUGGAAGAGACCUGAUGAGCUACUAA